GAUUCGCCAUGAACUGCAGAUACAGCUGAAUAUUGUAUACUAAAUAGCUACAAGGAAUCGGACUGUGUCACCUGAAACGUAUCCGUUGGUGGUGACAGCUGGCCACAUCGAUCGCAUUAUAACGCUUUGUAGAUACCAGUGUAGCAUUGCACGGUGGCCGAUUGGAGGGAGGGACGGAAGUGAUGGAGGACACGGUGGUAGAUGACGCCUUCAGGUCCGCAGGACAAAAACCAGGUCUGGAUGUCUGGAGGAUAGAGAAACUAAAGGUAGUACCACGGGAGAAAGCCACACAUGGGGAGUUCUACUGCGGCGAUUCAUAUAUACUUCUCAAGACGAAUAAGAACGCUAAAUCUGAUAAACUGGAAUGGGAUGUUCACUUCUGGUUGGGGACAGAAACAUCACAGGAUGAGCAGGGUGUGGCCGCCUAUAAGACGGUGGAGCUGGAUGACUACCUUGGGGGAGCACCUGUACAGCACCGAGAGGUACAGGAUCACGAAUCAAAAUUGUUUUUAUCCUACUUCAAACAUGGAAUCAAGUAUUUAUCGGGAGGUGUGGAAUCCGGGUUUAAGAAGGUGGUGAGAGGAGUAUAUGAGAAGAGGUUAUUUCAUAUCAAAGGAAAGAGGAACGUUAGAGUCAAACAGGUACGAUGUGACGUCAGCUCUCUAAACCGAGGAGACGUUUUCCUAUUGGACUGUGGAAUGACACUCCACUUAUGGAAUGGACCUGCAAGCAGCCAUUUCGAGCGUUUAAAGGGGUCAGAAGUUGCUAAGAGGAUUCGUGACGAAGAAAGAUCUGGAAAGGCGCAAAUCCGAAUCAUUGACAGAAUGUGGGACUUGGAUACCAAGUUUUUCGCUGAGUUAGGUUCCCAUGGUGAGAUAGCGGAGGAAGCAGUAGGUGGAGAUGACACUGCUUACGAACGCUCGACACAGGAAAAGACAACUUUGUACAGAGUUUCAGAUUCCUCUGGAGAAUUAGAGGUCAAGGAAGUCGCCAACAAACCUUUUUCACAGAGUGAUCUUGACUCGUCGGACUGUUUUAUACUGGAUGGAGGACCCAGUGGUUUAUACGUGUGGAUCGGGAGACAGUGUACCAAGAAUGAAAAACGGUCUGCUUGGAAACACGCUACGGAUUUCCUCACGCUGAAAGGUUACCCAGAGUGGACUAAAGUCACGAGAUUGGCGGACGGAGGGGAAACGCCCAUGUUUAAGGAAUACUUUUGCUCCUGGCGCGACCGAGACGACCAAAGAGGACUGGGGAACGUCUACACAAAGGAACACAUUGCCAAAAUAAGCACAAGUUCAGACAAAAUAGAUUUCAAGGCUUUGCAAAGACGGCUAUCAAGAACAGAUUGGGAAACUCAGCCAGGGAGGCCUGUGUAUACCAACGAGUUAGUAAAGAAAUGGAGGGUUGAAACCUCGACGACUAUCCCGAUCAAAACAGAAGAUUUAGGCAUGUUCUCUUCAUCCUGCUGUUACGUUAUCCUCCACUCGUACCGUGACAACAUGCGCCAACACCACGUGGUCUACUUCUGGCAGGGCCUCAGGAGUUGCCCGGAUGUGAGGACAGCCUCUGCCAUCAUGGCCAAGAGAAUAGACGAAAAGGAGGCGGCCGGCAGCGCUCUACAGACACGAGUACUGGAGGGUAAGGAGCCCGAUAUGUUCCUCUACUUGUUAACUGGACGGACGGUUGUAUUCAUGUAUGAAUUAAAACCUCAAGGGAUUCGCCUCUUCCACCUACGCGGUAGUUGCAGAGUUAAUACAAGAACAGUGGAGGUUGAGCCGCUGUCAUCAUCUUUAAAUUCUCGAGAUAUAUUCCUGUUGAUCAACGAUAAGAUGACGGUUAUUUGGAAAGGCAAAUUCUCAAACAACAGUGAACAGAAUAUGUCUGACGAGAUGGCGACACUGAUAGCUCCUGAAAGUACGAUCCAGUCUGUAACUGAGGGAGAGGAAACUGAUGACUUUUGGGAGGCCCUCGGAGGGAAACGUGAAUACGCCAGAUGUUACCCUGGACCAGGAACAGAAUUGCUACCCCCACGACUGAUGCAUUGCUCAAACACGACAGGCAAAUUUAGGGUAGAGGAAAUACUCAACUUUACCCAGGAGGAUCUCUGUGAAGAUGACGUGAUGCUACUGGAUACUCACCAAGAGAUAUUUGUGUGGAUAGGAAGAGGGGCGAAUCUUCGGGAAAGGAAGGCGGGCUUAAAGUCAGCAAUGGACUAUCUGGCGGCGGACGAGACUGGACGAGAUGAAAGUAACACCCAGCUACUACAGGUCAAACAAGGUCAAGAACCAGCGAUAUUCACCUCACACUUCCAAGGCUGGGACACACAGAAACUCUCCAAAAAAACCAAACACCUCACCCCCGUGGCUGGAGAAGAUGAAUCACAAUGUCACAGUGUUCAAGAGGAAUUAGCUAGAUACAGCUCCACCUACCGGUUCGAGGAAUUAGUGGGAAGAUCACCACCUGUCGGAGUGGACCCAGCAUGUAAAGAGGAAUAUUUAUCAGACAAGGACUUCCAGAAAAUAUUUGGGUUUGAAAGAUCAGUCUACAAAAAGAUGCCAAGAUGGAAACAGAUUGACCAAAAGAAGAAUGUCGGGUUAUUCUGAGGUUUCUCUGAUAGUAAAGUACCGAUAAAUAUCUCGGAUUAUACGGACGUGUCUCUCUGGUCAAGUACCGAUAGAUUUCUCGGAUUAUACUGACGUGUCUCUCUUGUCAAGUACCGAUAAAUAUCUCGGAUUAUACGGACGUGUCUCUCUGGUCAAGUACCGAUAAAUAUCUCGGUUUAUACUGACGUGUCUCUCUUGUCAAGUACCGAUAAAUAUCUCGGAUUAUACUGACGUGUCUCUCUGGUCAAGUACCGAUAAAUAUCUCGGAUUAUACUGACGUGUCUCUCUUGUCAAGUACCGAUUCAUAUCUCGGAUCAUACUGGCGUGUCUCUCAUUGUCAAGUACCGAUAAAUAUCUCGGAUUAUACGGACGUGUCUCUCUGGUCAAGUACCGAUAAAUAUGUCGGAUUAUACGGACGUGUCUCUCUGGUCAAGUACCGAUACAUAUCUCAGAUUAUACGGACGUGUCUCUCUGGUCAAGUACCGAUAAAUAUCUCGGAUUAUACGGACGUGUCUCUCUUGUCAAGUACCGAUAAAUAUCUCGGAUUAUACGGACGUGUCUCUCUGGUCAAGUACCGAUAGAUUUCUCGGAUUAUACUGACGUGUCUCUCUUGUCAAGUACCGAUAAAUAUCUCGGAUUACACUGACGUGUCUCUCUUGUCAAGUACCGAUAAAUAUAACGGAUUAUACUGACGUGUCUCUCUUGUCAAGUACCGAUAGAUUUCUCGGAAUAUACUGACGUGUCUCUCUUGUCAAGUACCGAUAAAUAUCUCGGAUUAUACUGACGUGUCAUCCAUUGUAUUGUAGCGAUAGAUAAAAAGUAACGAUACAUAUAUCGUGUUUUUCCUUACUGUCUUCGAUUGUAAAGUAGCAAUUGGAUAAUGCCUCUUAAUCGCUUUUUUACUUUAUAUAUAUGGUUUAUGAGCAUGUGCUUGUUUUUGAUAAUCUCAAUACAGUCUUAUCGUCAUCUUAAAGUAUAUUAUGGUAUAAUCAGGCGGUGAUGGCAAAGUUCUGGUCACAGAUCAAUUGACAUUAAAAUACCUUCGUAACAUUA